UCGUUGUGGCAAACGUCACUUUUUUUUUUUUAGUAUUUACUCCAUUUUUUUAAUUUAUUAUUAAGUAUUAUUUUAUUAUUUACAAUAGUUUUAUGGAUAAAGUUUAAUAAUGGAAUCAAUGGAAUUUAUAUUGAUGGAAAAUACAAAAGGAUAUUUAACAAGAAUAUGUGGAAAAGAAAGAUCAAUUGGUGGUUUUGAUAUAACUGAAACACCAUUUCCUCAUCAAGCAUCACUAAGAACAUUUGGUCAUCAUAUAUGUAGUGGAACAAUUAUUGAUAGUAAACAUAUUUUAACAUCAGCAAAAUGUCUACUUGGUAUAUUGGGUGAUAUUGUUGAUGAUUUAACUGUUGUUACUGGAACAAAUAAUCUUGUUGGUGGACAAGGAAAUCAGCAUUAUGUUGAUAAAAUUUUUAUUCAUGAAAAUUAUGAUGGUCAAUUUAGAGGACCAAAUGGAAAUAAUAAUAUUGCUAUUGUCAGGCUUACUGAUGAUAUAACAUUUAAUAAUCAUCAAAAUUAUAUUUCACUUCCAAAUAAUAAACUUUUACCAAACACAAUUGCAAAAAUAAGUGGAUGGAAUUUUUUUAAUUAUCCAGUUGUUGUUGGUAAUAUGGUACAACAAACAAUUCAAAUUGAAACAGUAGAAAAUAAUAAUUGUCAUAAAAAUAAUGGACUAUCUUGUGCUAUUUAUAAAGAUAAAAUCAAUGGAUGUAUAGAGAAUGAUUAUGGAAGUGCACUAUAGUACAAUAAUUUCAAGGUGGCUAUGAAUGAAAGUGAUGUGUUCAACAUGACGAUCAAGACUGAUGGAGAAAGGCGAGAGCAUUUAUUUAUUUUUUCAGUUAUUAUUUUUAUUUUAUUUUUUUCUUUCCGUUGGCCAUGACCUGUUUACCUGUAUGAGUUACGAAAUAAUUAUUUUGUACAGUUCCACUUCAAAUU